AUGGUCGUUGAUUUUUGGUGAGUUAGGAUGGUUAAACAAUAAUCUUUCAGAAGUCAUCCGUCAAGUAAUCUUACCUUCGGCUAGAGUUUGCAUAUCUGAUACAACACACAGGGGUCGUUAACUUUUUUGCGUGCGUGCGUGCGUGCGUGCGACCGGAGAAAUUAUUUGAAAAUGUGCCUGCUAAAUGUCUUGAUGGAACUCAACUCUCAUGCAACUCUUGUUCUCGUUUGACCAGGGCAUGAGAGUUAAGAAAACUUAUCAUUGAAACUCUCGCUUCUCAACUCUCAUCAACUCUCGUGUGACUCUUGUUCUCGUUUGAAUGGGGCAUGAGAGUUGAGAAAACUCUCAUGCAAACCCUCGCUUCUCAACUCUCAUUCUUAUUUGACCAGAGCUUUGUUGUAGAGAGCCACAACAAUUAAUUAAGUUUCGCAUUUAGAGUUUUUGUUUAUCUGUUUUUCAGCCGCACUUCCGUGUCUGCUUUGGCAGGAAUGUCUGCUGGAGUGCUGGGAUUAACUGGACUGUCUGGAUUCAUCUUUUAUGUUGCCGCAUCUAUAUUUUUAUCAGUAAGUCUGCUAUCUGUUAUUUCAGUUCAUCUUCUCUAUCAAAUAUUUCAUUGCAUUUUUAUAAAAAAUACCCGUACUACUUUAUGAAUUUAACCUCUAGAACCAUAGCCUUAGGCACAUUAGAGCUGUGCGGUUCCAACAAUUUUAUCUCUGUCCCGGUUUCGGUUUUUGGGGAACAGAAAAACCUCGGUUCGGUUCGGUUUCGGUUAUUUUCAAAAAAUAAGAACAGUACAAAUGUAUGAACUCAUUUAUGUAUGUUUCGAGCAUUUUUACUAAAUAGAUGAAUUUAUGCCUUGUAAGUUUGUAUAAAUCUCUGAAUAUUUUAAAAGAACAAUUGGAAUUUAUUUAUGAACACGAAAUAUUUAUUUUUUUAAAAAAUUUAAAGCAAGUGCACAACAAUAACUAUCACAACUAAAAUAUCAACUAUUUGAGCACUUAGUACAGUGCAUAUUGUGCACAAAGAGCACAAUCUUGUUAUUUUCCAAACAUUUCAACCUGCAAUCAGGUGGGCGUUUGGCGGGCGUUAAACGGGAAGUUAAAACCGAAACUACUGGUUCUUUUGCGUAUAAUUUUUUGGUGCUAAGUAAAGUACUGGAAGAACCGAAUUUUUCGGUAAACCGCAUAGCUCUAAGGCACAUACUACUUUAUGAAUUUAACCUCUAGAACACCUAGGCCUUAGAGAGACGAAUAUUAUGGAAUAUUUCGUGUUUAUUUAUACAGCUCUACUGAGAGGAGUGAAUACAGUAACUCGAUUUUACCAUCUCGUACUGAUAAAAUAGAAAGACCCAUAAAAAUACACCCACUAAUCAGUAACUUACGUAAUCUUUAUCUGUUUAUCACCAGUGUCUCAUAAACAUAAAAGCUGGUCAACAAUGGAGAAAUUACUUUAUAUCAUGGUGGAGUUUAAGCACUAAUGGAGUACUCGGUGGACUUUUUGUAUCUUUUCACAAUGUAGUGAUAAAUGAUUUUUUUUCUGUGUUGGUGUAAUGUACUCGGGUGAAUAUGAUGGUUAUGUACUCAGGUGAAUAUGAUAUUUUCAAGCUUACCUGGUCAGGGUUUUUUUCAGGGAUUUUUUAGGGCCGUUAAACGACUCCAAAAACUCAAUCUUGAAUUGAGUUUUGAAACUCAAUCUUCUCACCAAAGUUUCAGUGCAGUAAAAAUGAAGUUGUUUGAGUUAAAUUCGUGACGUGUGGAAAUUAGUUUUCAGUUGGAAACCCGACAAUUGAGAAACAAUGGCUGGAAUUCAUCUCACAACACAAGAAAAACUAUGCAUUCGCCAUCUUUAACCAGCUUAUAGUGUCCCUUAGUGCCCCUGCUUUAACACAUUCUGUCUCAACUACAUUUAUUGAGUACAAGUGUCAGCCCCCCCCUACCCGGUAGGGGGGAGGGUUGCAGACACCCCAGCUGUUCAGCUAAACUCAAUCUUCUUUGCAAAAACGGACCCAAGAGAAAAUCCUGAAAAAACCUUGCUGGUGUGGAUAUGCACUUAGAGUAUUAUAUAUUCCAAUUAAUUACAAUUUCCUUGACUCUGAAUCACAGACAUAUGUUCUAUUUUGGAC